GGACUGCCUGAGCCAGCAGGAAGGGGACACAGUCAGAGAGAGGACAAAGGUGGACGCUGGCUCCAAACCUCAUCCCACCAACUCUGCCUGUUUUCUCUUUGUUUUCUGGUACCAUUAAGCAGUUUGCUCCAGGAUCCUUGCCUAGGCUGGUAACUGGGAAAGCCUCCACCACCAAGAAGACCCUCUCUGGAAAAUUGAACCUCCAUCUGGUGACAACUAUAGACCUGUGGGUACAGGACAAGCGCCUACCAGCUCUUCUGCUGGAAGCCACCUCCUAGUCUUGGAGGUGCUCGAGGUCCAUGGAAGUCACUGUGUCCAAGGAAUUGUGGCUGAAUUACCCAGCAUCAGGAUUCCCAGUCACCACCUCUGUGUCCCCAGAAUCUCCGGGAAGAAAAUAGACCACUGUCUGCUGGCCUCUCCCUGGGCACACACAGAGUGCUCCUCCUAGCAGCAGAGCCAGGCCAUGGCAGGCCCUACGAUCCACAAGGACGUGGAGAAGAGUUCAGGAUACUGUGAAGCCCCAGAGAAUCUGGGCUUGUCCUUCUCCAUUGAGGCAAUCCUGAAGAAACCCACAGAAAGAAGAAGUUUGCCCAGACCACAAAGCAUUGGUGGGGAGGACUCCAGGCAGACAACUAGCCCAGGUUCCAAGCUGGAGAGCCCCCCACAGGAUCAGCCCCAAGAAGAAAAAAAGAACAAGCGGAGAGUUCGCACUACCUUCACCACAGAGCAGCUGCAGGAGCUGGAGAAGCUCUUCCACUUCACCCAUUACCCUGACAUCCAUGUCCGUUCCCAACUGGCUUCCAGGAUUAACCUGCCUGAAGCUCGAGUACAGAUCUGGUUCCAGAAUCAGAGAGCCAAGUGGAGGAAGCAGGAGAAGAGUGGGAACCUCAGUGCCCCACAGCAGCCUGGUGAGGCCAGCUUGGCCCUGCCCUCAAACACGGACAUGUCUGGUCCUGUGCUGACACCCACUGCUAUGACCACAUUGAUGCCUUCCACAGAAUGCUGCCUACUCUCUCAGACUCAGCCCCCUUCGAGCUGGUUCCCUGCACAGAUUCCCCUUGUCCCGUGGCACUCAUGGGACCUACAGCCCCUGCCUGGCCCUCUCACUCAGCAUCCUUGUAUCCCUACCUUCAUCCUCCCACCCGCAAACCCCAAGUGGGGCAGCAUCUGUGCAACUUCAACAUAGGGACUGAUUUCUCUCUUUCAAAGCAAGCAACUCUCCUCUCUCAGUGAUGGCAGGCAGCCCUGGACCUCAGAGAAAAUAACUCCACAAUCCAUCAAUGGCCCGCAGCCCAGGAAGCUAUCCAGAGCUUGCCAUUAAAGACUGUACUGGCCAUGGAUGACAGCAAAGGACAGCUUGCAUCUCACCAGCCAGUCAGUCUCCUACUGCUGAAGACUGGCUGACUAAGGGCUGGGGAUGAAGUCCAGCAUAAGCUGCUCUCCUCUCACCCUUCUGGACAUCAUAUGUAACCAAGCAGCCAUUUCUAUGGACCCAUUUCUCCUUUACUUAGGAGAGCCUUGGGAAAUACGAGGCAUGGAGAGGGGCUGCACAUCCAUGCACCCAUCUGUGUACUCGUUCAUGAUGUCCAUACUGAACAUUGAGCAUUGUGCACUUGAAAAUAGAUAUUGAGCUGCACAGGUCAGAUUUUGCCCAGGUUAGCUGAAAGGUGAUCCUGGCCUCUGCCUGCAGAUGGAUAUUGAUGACAUUGCACUCGGCUUGUAUCUAGCACACUCUGUAUGACUGAUAUGAGAAAUCUCAGACUGGGAGAGAAAUAGAAGAAAUAUUUUAAUUUAA